AUGGCUCAGCGAAUUAUCAGAAAUCCGGUGGAAGUGAGCGUGCACUUCGACCGUGUAGUGUGGUGGACAGGGAAAGUCAAAGAAAUAGGAGAGGCCCAGAAAGCCGGCAAUGCCCAAAGAUUAUUUCAGUUGAUCCGUACGAUUGACCCGCGGAAACCAACGGUUGAGGAACGCUUGAUCCCCGCUGCGCCUGGUUGGAGACGCUACAAGGUAUGGCUUCUAACUGAUGUCAGUGGCGUUCUCGUUGUCAGUUUCUAUCCAAAUUGCCUGAGUGAUUGUCUGGAGGUGCAGGCACCCCGGAGUGAUUAUGGCUAUCCAGAGGUCAACUAUGUGCGCACUCAUGUACUCUACCGAGACAUGCCAUCUCGAUGCCAGUGUGGAAACUGGUUCAAACUAGUCGAUAUGGAGCGUUUUGAACAGGCACGUGAGGAAAAGUGGCAGAAAAUAAAGGACGAACCGGAAAACGCCAAAUUACUGAAAGAGCUUGCUGAAACGGAAGAGGAAUUGAACCAGCUGUUUCAAAAAGGUCGAGGGAUGACAAUGUACACACGGGGAGCUACGGAAAUAACAGAGAAGCUGUCAAUAGCUUGGAAACGAUACAGGAAGACAUUUUUGGAAAUCCGUAAAAAGAUGGACAUACCCUAGCUCGUUUCGCUUAGGCUUGUCUAACUAUGCCAUCUACCAAGUCGAUUCUGAGGUUCUCGCGUGAUGCCGUGGUGUACCGCAGAGUAGCGCACUCCUAACUGUAUUCUAGUUCUUUUAAGCGGUAUCCUUUGUCAGUGCGUGUUUGUUAUUACAGUGCUGUGCCUCCAUUA